AUCAAUAAUCAAAAGGAGACGUGUCAAAAAAUGUGUUAAAGUGCCGGGCUAAAAACCAAAAAUUCAAAUUAAAUGAAAAUGUCUUCAAAACUAUUAUUAAUUUGUUUACUUGUGGCCGCAUUAGCCUCACUUUCAGAGGCAAGCAUCGGAGGCUACAUUUGCCCGUAUUCGAGCAAAAAGUUUCUGGAUAUUGCCAGCAAAGCCCUAAAGGCAGAUACCCAAGACAUUUCCAGCCUUUAUCAUGCGGCAAACAGCUUCAAAAUCCUCAACGAAGCUGUGCCAGCUAAUCUUAAACCGGUUGCUUGCCAGACUGUGAAGAAGCUGUUCAAUGUUGAAACUUUGGAAAUUGAUAAUUUGUUUUAUGGAGUUGAGAGUUUUAAGUUGCUGGGGUGCGAUGGGAAGUUGUCUACUGAAGGAGUUGUGAAGAAAGUCCAAGAUAUUCUUCAGAAUGAAAAAUCUUCAGUAGCCAGCUUACAUUACGCUAGCAAAACCCAGACUUUUCUAGGCCAACAAAUUUCGAAUCAGGCAAAAUUGGCUCAACUAGUCCAAGCUCAACUGAAAACUGACGACAGCCUUUUGAGUUUGGGACAUGCCUUACAUUUAGCUGCAUCACUUGGCCAAUCAGGCAAAUUUAUAACUGAAAGAAUUGAAGACAUUGUGGUCCAAGCUGAUGAAGUCGAUGGUAAACUGUUACAGUGGGAAGGUGGCCUUAGCACCACUUCUCUUAUAAUAACCGGCCUACUACAGUUUCCAGCUUCCAGCCCUCUAAACCAACCCCAAGCUGAUAAAUUAGCCAACUAUUUACUAUCCAGAUUGACUGUGCAAACUCCUAAAGGAAUUUCGGCUCUUUUGGAAGCAGCUCAGGCUUUGGCUACAAGCAAAGUGUCUCCGGUAUCGAUUUCAGUAACUGGACAAAAUUCUGUUACAUUGGAUAAUCCGAAUUUGAAGAUUCAAGUGUCUGAUAUUUUUGGAAAACCUUUGAAAACUGCUCUGAGUCCAGUGGUAGCUCAAUCUGCCACUAGAAUUGCUGACGAUGUUGUGGUUUUAGCUAAACAACCUUUGAAUGUUGGUGCUAAGGAAACUGAAUUUGUUUUACCAUUGAAGCUUGAACCCGGUUACUACAAAAUCCUCUUAAACGCCGGUCCACAUUCCACCACCUUAACAGCUAGGGUUUUAGGACCAGUCCAAGUCAAAACCUUUGAAAUUGGUCUUUCAGACGCAGACCAAAGUUCAGCCCCUAAACUGGAAAAACUGACCCACCCAAACAAACUAAACAAAAAACUGCAAGGAGAUUCAGGCCAAAACCUACUAGUAAAAUUCACUUUGUCUAGGCAAGUGCAUCAAGCCUUCCUGCGCCUGUCUUCAGGUAAAAAAGAAAUCAUUUUCGUUGCCGGCCACGAAUCCAACAGCCAAUACAAAGUCGAAGCAGACUUGGGACAAGAAUUACCAAUUUCUGAUAGUUUCAAUAUUGAAUUGAUUAUUGGAGAUUCAAUAAUCACUAAUCCAUUCAGAUGGCAAGUGGGCGAAAUUGAAAUUAAAAUCACCAACGCACCAACAGUAGCUUCACUGAAAACUUUAAGAGGCCCCAAGCCAGAAAUUGAACACAUGUUUAGAAAACCAGAAAAGAGGCCCGCAAAAGCCGUUAGUUUGUUGUUCACAGGUUUAACUGCGGCCCCUUUUUUGAUUCUUUUAAUCUUGUGGAGUAGAAUUGGAGUGAAUUUGAGUAAUUUUUCCAUGCGGGCAGUACCGUUUCAUUUGGGUUUUGGAGCUAUUUUGGGGCUUUUUACUUGUUUUUGGUUGAAACUUGAUAUGUUUGUUACAUGCGCUUGGCUUAUUCCAGUGGGUGGAUUUACGUUUUUUACCGGCCACAGGCUGUUGAGUCAUAUGGCUAGGAGCAAGAAACCAGAAAAGGCUGAUAAGUAAUUGUGUAAUUAUUAUUUUUUGUUUGCUGUCUAUUUUUUUUUAAAAAUAAAUAAGCCCUAUAGAAACAAGUUCAAUCAGUAAGAUUUAUUGAUUUCACACAUUUUUAAUAUAAAAUAGGGUAUUGAUGUAACUUAAAAUUAAAUUUUUAUUUCUAAAAUUACAAUGCUAGUUUGUUUCUCCUUCUUCGUCGUCGUCUUCAGUACCUUUUAUGAAGAGAAUGUUGUUGCAUCUGAUUAGGACUUCCCCUAGAUU